GAGAAGAAGCAGCGCGAGGAGGAGGAGCGCCAGGCGAAGCGGGAGGCGGCCCGCGCGCGGAAGAAGGGCGAGGUCGGCAGGAAGGAGGCCGAGGACGCGCGGGCCAUCGAGGAGUGUGAGGAGCAGGCGUGGGAGGACGGUGAGGCCAACGAGCGCGUGAAGUACGAGGCCGCGCUCAUCGUCCGCAUCGCCACCCGCUUCGGCUCCUCCGGCGCCUGGACGAAGAUCGCCGAGGCCCGGGCGCGCGGGGCCGACAUCCCGCUGGACGCGAGGAAGGUCUACCUGCUCGCCCAUCCGGACAAGUGCCCCCUGGCGGAGGCCGCCGACGCCACCGCCAUCCUGAACGCCCAGCGUCCCCCGGAGAUGAGCGAGAGCCGCGCUGGCGGCUCUGGCGCAGGCGGCGUCGGCACCAAGGAGGCUGUGGCCGCCCGGGUCGCGGCGAGGCGCGCUGGCGGCGGCGCCGCCGCGGGAGGGAGCGGGGACGCGCUGGCCACGCGGGUCGACCCCGAGGACGGGCAGGAGCUCUCGUUCCAGGAGCUGGUGGCCAAGUACAAGGGGACGUACUCGCAGGAGGAGCUUGUGGAGUACUGGGGCAUCGAGUGCACGCCAGUGGAGGCCCCGAGCGCCAGGCAGUCGGCGGCCGCGGCCUUCGAGGCCCACCUCGCGGCCCUGACCGAGGCCCUGGACGUGCAGGCCGCCCUUGUGCGCAGCGCCCUGGACCUGCAGCCGGCCUCCUCGCUCGUGGGCUUCAAGACGGUGGCGGAAGUGGCCAUCGGAAAGUUCAGCGUCGCCAUCGGCGAUCUCCGCUCCGAGCUGAUCGUGGCCGCCACCGUCGCGGCCUCCAGCGAGCUCCCGGAGGCGGCCGCGGUGGAGGCUCCCGCGAGCAAGGCCCAACCGAGUCCAGGGAUCGUGGCCGCGUCGCUCGCAGGCUGCGUCGCGGGCAUGUGCCGCGAGCGUGCGCCGCAGCACCGCUCCCCCUCCGGGGCGGGCCUCGACCCGAAGCCUGCGCCCUCGCGGCGCAGCGGCCGCGGCAGCCACGGCGCCGCGGACGCGGAGGCCGGCCCCGCCUCGACGCAGGCGCCACGGAGGCACAGGAGCCGGCGCCCUGGCACCGGCACGGGCCAGGGCGUGGUGCCCAUGCAGCCCACACCGUCCGGAGAGGAGGCGUGCGCCGACAGCGAGGGGAUCGGCUCGUGGGGCAGCCGCCGCAGCAGCGGCGGCAAUGGCCAGGGCGGGGUGCUCCUGCAUCCCAUGCCGUCCGGAGAGGAGGUGCGCUUCGAGGGCAAGUCGAUCGGCUCCGGGGGCAGCUGCCACAGCGGCGGCAAUGGCCAGGGCGGGGCGCGCAUGCAGUCCAUCACGUCUGGGGAGGAGGUGCACUUUGAGGGCAAGUCGAUCGGUUCCGAGGUGUCGGAUCUCGCCGAUGGCCACCUUACCAUGCCGAAUGAGAGAGCGAAUACGGCCCGCCAGUCCUGCGCAGAGUCCGCCAUCUUCCUGUCGCGGUCGCGCAGUGGGGUCUCACAGACAUCCCCUUGCAUCUCGGGCGUGCUGAACCCUGAUUGGCCCCUGAGGCUGGCGUGGGACCUGGCGGUGAUCUUCAUGGUUAUAUGCGACAGUGUGGUGAUCCCGUUUCAGUUGGCCGAGUUCCGAGUGGAGCCAGAGUUCGAUCAGUUCUGGCUUUGGUUCACAGUCAGUCUGUUCUCCUGCGACCUCGUGAUGAGCUUCUUCACUGGCUACAAGGCAGGCAAGAAGGACGUGAGCCUGCAGGAGGGAACCCUAGUCACAGACAAGGUCAGCAUCGCAAUGCACUAUCUAAGCACGGUGGCGGCUCUCCGCGGCUGGUUCUGGAUCGAUUUCCUGAGCACCGUGCCGUGGUCCGUGAUCGCCAAGGCCGCCACGUCGGGGAGCGAGGGCGGCUCGUCGUCGGCGGGCGAAGUGACGAAGCUCGCAAAGGUUGUCAAGCUGACGCGGCUCCUGAGGCUCAUGAGGAUGCUGCGCCUCGCCAAGCUGUCGGUCAUCUGGGACCGCAUCGAGGGCCGCAUCGGAUCCAUCACCGCCCUGAACGUGGUAAGCAUGCUGAAGGUCCUCGGCACCUGGGCCGCGAUCUGCCACUGGGGCGCCUGCAUCUGGUGGAUGGUCGGCAAGAGGGACAGCCUGGUGAUGCUCGUCACGAUGCAGGACGCCAAAGUGGGGGGGCUCCACUGGACGGAAGUGCCGCGCAUGCACAGCGCGUUCGACGAGUCCUGGACGUGGGUGGAGAGACCCGCGUCGGAGCAGUACGUCUUCUGCUUCUACUGGAUCUUGGGAGUCAUGCGCACCAUGCCGGCCGAGGUCACGCCCGUUACCCUGACAGAGAGGGUGUUCGUCCUCCUCUUCAUGUUCUUCGCCGUCGCGGCCUUCGCCGUCAACGUUACCCGUAUCACGCAGGCCUGGUUCAGGUUCGGCUCCCGCAGGGACGCCUUCAAGGAGGAGAUGGCGUGCUUCCGCAUGCACCUGCGGACGAUCAACUGCGGGGACGCCCUGCAGAUGCGCACGCAGGCGUGCCUGAACCACCUCUUCGAGAAGCGGAAGAUACACGCCAAGGAGCUGGGGCUCCUGAACGCCCUGCCCGAGGGGCUGAAGAGCAAGCUGAGCCAGGCCCACAGGAUCCACUACCUCAGGAUGAUCCCGCGGCUCCACAACUGGAUCGACCCGGCCCUGCGGCACGUCUGCGACGCCACCGAGGUCCUGGACUUCUUGCCGGGCGACAAGCUCACGGAGAAG